UCUGCUUCUUUACAGUCAGCUAACAGGUCUUCUGUAGGGUUGAACAAGGCGAUUGUUUUUUUCAGAAGGUUUAAAUGCGACAUGACAAUGCUUUGGGAAUGUAGCCUAGACACAAUAGAGAAUCUAAACUAUAGGGUGAAUUAAGAUACACUAUAUGAAGAAUAGUUUGUGGACACCUGAAGAGAACAAUCAUAUUUGUUUAUUGAAUAUCCCAUUCCAUAUGUAGUCACCUCCCUUCGCCUGCAGUCUUCUGGAAAGGUGUGUGGCUGUACGGAUUUGUGUUCAUAUCACCCUGCAGUUCUUGCCUGGUUUCCUACUAAAGCUAAGCAGGGCUGAGCCUGGCCAGUACCUGGAUGGGAGACCUCCUGGGGAAAACUAAGGUUGCUGUUGGAAGUGGUAUUAGUGAGGCGGGGGAGCUCACCCUGUGGUCUGUGUGGGAUUUAAUGCACCAGUAUAGUGAUGGGGAUGCUAUAUUGUAAAAACAGCACCAUCCCUUCGGAUGAGACCUUAAAUGGAGGUCCUGACUCUCUGUGGCCAUUAAAAAUCCCAGGACACUUCUCUUAAAAGAGUAGGGGUAUAACCCUGGUGUCCUAGCAAAAUUCAUCCAUUGGCCCUUCUCUAUCAUGGCCCCUUAAUAAUCUCCAUCCCUGAAUUGGCUACAUCACUCUCCUCUCCACCAAUAGCUGGUGGGUGUUCUGGCACGCUAUGGCUGCCGUCGCAUCAUCCAGGUGGUUGCUACACACUAGUGGUGGCUGAGGAGAUUUCACCCCCACAAUACUAUGUAAAGAGCUUUGAGUGUCUAGAAAAUUGCUCUAUAACUAUAACUGUAAUUCAGCUACAAGAGCGUUAGUGAUGUCAGGCAAGGAGGCCUGGGGUACAGUCGGGGUUCCAGUUCAUCCCAUAGGUGUUCAGUUGGGUUGAGGUCAGGGCUCUGUGCAGAACACACAAGUUCUUCCACACCAAUCUUAACACACCAUGUCUUUGGAACAGCUUUGGGCGUCUUAGUUCCAGUGGAGGGAAAUUGUAAUACUACAGUGUACAAAGACGUCCUAUACAAUCGUCUGCUUCCAACUUUGUGGUAGCAGUUUGGGGAAGAACCACAUACGGAUGUGAAGGACAGGUAUUUUUGUGUUCAUUUCUGCAGUCGCAAAACCCUGGAGGGACUGUAUGGUGUUUUUAUAAGCCAAAACGGCAAAAAACUGCAUGAGUCCACCUUGUAGGAUUGAUACAGUUUUAAAUGCAAAAUGUUGUCACAUGUUUCAUUUCAGUGUUUUGUUUAUUCCAUAAUUCAAACAAUCAAGAAAAAAAAUCCAGUUUUCAUAUCAGUAUCUUAUUAAACGAUACCAAGCUCUAGUUGUGGGGUGUUUCAUGCAUCCAUUACAUCAUAUCACUUUUCCUUUUUUCACUUAUUGUAUUUUAAAACUGUCCAAAUCAACCUGAACCAUGCUCGUCUGAAAUGUUGGUAAAUUAGGACAUCUUGAAAAUCCAUCCAUCCAUCCAUCCAUUUCCAUCCCACUUAUCCUACACAGGGUUGGAGGGGAACCUGAAGCCUAUCCCAGGGAACUCAGGCCAUGACCAUCCAGGGGUACACACUGGAUGGUACAACUGUACUCGCAUUCACAUGACGGACAAUUUGGAAAUGCCAAUCAGCAUACAAUACACAUCUUUGGGAGGAAACCAGAGUACCAGGAGGACACCCCUGAAGCACAGGGAGAACAUGUAAACUCCACCCACAAAGAGCAGAGGCGGGAAUUGAACCCCCAACCCCGGAGGUCGGCGUUGCACUGAUGCCAUGGCAACCCGCCGACCAUCCACCAUCCACAAGAGCGCAAGAUGACGUCAGGUUGUCGGUGGUGACGGAGACGCGGGGCGAGAUACAGCGCGUGCUCCAGAUAUCUGUACUGCGGUGACGGAGCCCCCUAUAGCACCAUGACUGACGAUCUGUGGAUUACCUUCUCGGGAUUAUAACAGGCGAAAGGAAAAAGGAAGGGGACCAUGGCGGAAAGGUUGGAAUGGGUGGAGAUCAUUGAACCUCGCACACGUGAACGCAUGUACGCCAACCUGCUGACGGGCGAAUGUGUGUGGGAUGCGCCAGCUGGUGUGCACAUCAAACGCAGCGGCCCAGACCAGUGGUGGGAACUGUUCGACUCCAACACCUCACGCUUCUACUAUUACAAUGCCUCUACCCAACGCACUGUCUGGCACCGCCCACAUGGAUGCGACAUCAUUCCCCUCGCCAAGCUCCAGACGCUCAAGCAGAACACAGACACACCGCUUCCUGUUGCUUCGGUGAUCAGUGGAUCAGCUGACAGCAGCCCUGCUCGCAGCGCUGUCAGCACCACCUCGUCACAAGAGCAGGAGGAUAAAACGGCACCCAGAGAGGAAGGAGAGAGUUUCAGAUGGGGGACGACAAGUAAGGACAGGAUGUUGAUUAAAGUAUCCGACAGGGAGCCCAGUUUCCUGUCACAGGGUAACGGAUACUCCAGCUCUUCCCCACGCUCCAGACGCUCAUCUAGUAACACCCUGCCUGAGGCAGAAACCACACCCCAUGCUUUGCCUGACCGUCGGCAAUCACAGUCUCCCUUUUUGAAGAGAGCCGACUUUGGCGGAACUCAACGGCGUUGUUCCGGUGACUCUCAGCCUCCUUCGCCACGCUAUGCUUAUGAACCCCCACUCUAUGAGGAGCCUCCUUCUGAGUAUCAGUCCCCACCCAUUUAUGAAGAACCACCCACUGAUAUGCAUUGUGACCCUGGCCUUUAUGCCUCCGAUAGGUCGCCAGCACGCAAGCCUGGCAUUUACCAUUCUCCUAAACAAAGCCCAUCCCCUUAUGGUCAGCUGGUGUUGACUAGACAAAGAGGCUCCACUCCUGAGAAGAUCUCCAACCAGGCAGAGCGGGACUACAGUUUUAGUGGGCGGGAUUAUAGUUCUGCAGGGCGGGACUAUAGCUCUGGUGGACAGGACUACAGCUCUGGUGGGCGUGAUUAUAGCUCUGGUGGACAGGACUACAGCUCUGGUGGGCGUGAUUAUAGCUCUGGUGGGCGGGAGUACAGCGCAGCAGGGCGGGAAUAUGUCAAGCAGCUUGUGUAUGUAGAACAAUCUGGCUCCUCUCCCAGGUUCCGGACAACAGAUCGAUUUUUAAGCUAUGGAAAGGCUGCACAGGGUGGUCUACCUGCUGGAAUGUGUUAUGGUGGCUCUUUUACACUACAGCACAGCCAUGAUGGUGGUGGCGCUAAUCGAAAACGUAAAAAUCGCAAGCCCUCGUUGCCUGGAGGGGAGGGAGAGAGUAUUGGGGUGGGAGUAGGAGCAGUACUCACACAAGCACGACUCGCCUGGGAAGCCCAGCAGCUCAUGCAACAGCGAGGAGGUGGUGCCUUGGGAGGUGGUACUAAGGACGGUUAUGAAAGCGAUGGCGCGACACCUUUGCCACUGCCAGGGCCUGUGGUGCGGGCAUUCAGCGAAGAUGAAGCUCUAGCCCAGCAGGAUGGCCACUGGAAACGUACUACAUUAGACAGACUUGCAUUUCCUCAAACGCUGUUAGAGAAGAGUCUGUCUGUACAAACCAACCUGGCAUCACCAGAGCCUUACCUGCAUCCUUCACAGUCGGAAGAUCUUGGUGCAUGCUCACAGUUUGAGGCGAGUCGGAACGCUCGGAAUAUGAUGCCCAGUGCCAGUUGUGGUGUGUUUCCAGAAUUCUCCCUGCGAAAGCCCUCUUCUGAGACUGACAUUGAGAACUGGGCAUCUAAGCAUUUCAGCAAACACACACAGGGUCUGUUCAGAAGAAAGGUGUCUAUUGCAAACAUGCUGGCCUGGAGCAGCGAGCCUAUCAAAAAGCCCAUGAUCCACACAAUGGACCGUACAGUCAAGCGUGAGGCCGUGGAGCUCUUCAAGCACAUCCAGACCUACAUGGGGGACAGGAGGGGCAAAGGUGAGCCUCUGGUUGUGGCUCUGGAGAUUGCAGUGCGUGGCUGGAGCAACCAAGGCCUCCGUGAUGAGCUUUACAUUCAGCUGUGCCGACAGACCACCGAGAACUUCCGUUAUGACAGCUUACAGAGGGGCUGGGAGCUCAUGGCCAUCUGUCUGGCCUUCUUUCCUCCUACACCGCGCUUCCACAACUACCUGGAAGGUUACAUUUACAGGCACAUUGACCCACUGAACGACACCAAAGGAGUGGCUGUCAGCAGCUAUGCGAAGUAUUGUUACCGCAAAUUACAGAAAGCUGCGUUGACUGGAGCGAAAAAGGGUUUGAAAAAGCCUUGUAUCGAGGAAGUAGCUUAUGCUCGGAAUGCCAUCUUUAACCCUUCUAUGUUUGGCUCUUCUCUGGAAGAAGUGAUGGCAAUGCAGAAGGAGCGCUACCCUGACCGACAGCUGCCGUGGGUACAGACCCGUCUGUCAGAGGAAGUAUUAGGCUUAAACGGAGACCAAACUGAAGGUAUCUUCAGGGUGCCUGGAGAUAUAGACGAGGUAAAUGCACUGAAGUUGCAAGUGGACCAGUGGAAAAUACCAACCGGCUUGGAGGACCCACACAUUCCAGCAUCAUUGUUGAAGCUGUGGUACAGGGAAUUGGAGGAUCCAGUAAUUCCUCAUGAGUACUAUGAAGAAUGCAUCUCUAACUAUGACAGUCCUGAAGCUGCUGUCAGUGUCAUCCAUAACCUUCCUCACAUCAACAAACUGGUGCUCUGCUACCUCAUCCGUUUCUUACAGGUUUUUGCUCAGCCCGCCAAUGUUUCUAUCACUAAAAUGGACGUGAGUAACUUGGCAAUGGUGAUGGCCCCCAACUGCCUGCGAUGUCUCUCUGAUGACCCGCGCAUCAUUUUUGAGAACACCCGCAAAGAGAUGAGCUUUAUCCGGGUCCUCAUUCAGCACCUCGAUACUAGCUUCAUGGAUGGAAUUCUAUAGUCCACCUUAUUUACACACACACACACGUAUACACAUACACAUACACACGUAUGCUACAACACACACAUAUAUACCCUGACAUAUUCACCACACAUACAUAACAAUUACACAAAAAAUUUUUUAACGUAAUUCACAGACAAGCAAAAGCCAGUCUGUAUAGUCAGAUGUAGAACAGGAGGCACGAACCCUAAUUACUGCACUGACACACACUCACACUUACAAAAGCACAAAUUGAAUCUCUUUUACGUACAAACACAUACAGACACACUUAGAAGACAACACAUACAUUCCAUUUUAGCCCCUUUUAUCAUUUCUAAAUGUGUUUGAUUGGAGAUGUGAGUGUAUAGCACUGUCUUGUGUGUUUGUCUGUUGAAUGUUGUGUGGACAUGUGUGUGGUUUUUUUAAUCUGACUGACCUAUAUAACUGUCUACAACAGUCUACUUGCUUUUAUAUAAUUAAUUUAUUUUUUUUUGUAUUUAUUUUAACAGGGGUUUAUUACUACUGCCUUUUGAAACAAAUUGUCAGCCUCAUGUCGAGUGUGAAUGUCUGUGUGUAUGCACAUGUAUGAACAAUAUGUUCCACUUAGUAGUUUUCCUUAAUGGAAAUUGUCACCACACCAACUUACAUGAUCUUAACAAUCACAUAUAUUCAUAGUUUACACAGCCCCAGACCCCCAACACACACACAUACACACUGAUUAGGCCUGGUGCUUUUAAUACUGAUAUAACACAUCGCCUUGCACUAUGUCCUCACUUCCCUUCAGGAGAAGCAAUGUAGAGUGAAGUAGAAGGAUGGAAGAUGGAGGGAGAGGCAGAGGGAGUAAGGCAGACAAUAAAAACAAAUAUUCAGAAGUUUUUUUGGGUCACUUAUCUGCACAUGGAAUGUCAUGGAUAUAAUGUUCACCUUCAUCUAUACCAUCAUAAAAUAUAUAAAAAGAUAUUUAAAAAAAUAUAUAUAUAUAUAUAAAAUCCAUAAAAGAAGUAAACACAAAGUCGAAUAAAGGAAUAGUGAAACUUUACAAAAAAAAACAAACAAAAAAAAACUUAGGUUUGCUUCUCAUUGUAGUAAAUCGAAACAAUUUUAAUUGUGAUUGAAAUAAAGGGAGUCGAUUUGAAUCGUGUCUAAUUGAGAAUGCUCUGAGCUGAGAAAAAGAUAAAACACUGGGCAGAUCACUAUAUACUCAGAGAGCACACAAAAAACAUUACCACACAUGUUCCAAUACACACACACACACACACACACACACACACACACACACACACACACACACACACACACACACAGACACCCACACACACACAAACAAAGUUUACCUGGGACACAGACAGGGAAGAAAUAUACUGUAGAUCACUGCUGGAACGUUAGCCUGCUCACGGGUCUGUCUUGCAUUAUUGCUUUUAUUGUUCAUGAAAUCAGGCUGAAAUCCCCUCUCCCUCCUUUUGGUCUGAGAUCUGAUGGUGACUCUGUAAGUUAGGGUAAGUCUGUCUGAACAUUGUUUAAUAAACAAAUUCAAAAAC